GGUCACGGGCCUCUCGGCUUUGUCGCUCUCUGCCCAUGGAGCCGCAGUCGAUGUCCGCCGAAGAGCUCCAGGCCGAGAUCGAGGCCACUCGGCGCCGGGCGGAAGCUGAGGAGGCGAGGCUUCCAGAGCUAGAGGGCGAGAUUGAUCAGGCCUGGGAGCGUCAGAGGCUCCGGGGCGAAUUGCAUGCGAUGCAACGCAGGCUGGGACUAGCAGAGGAUCGCAAUGAUGUCGCGAUCCAGGUCCGGGGCUUCAUCGACAAUGACGAAGUGCAAUCUCACCUUCUUCCGUCCAGACCGGAGCAACCUGUGAUGCAUGCAAGUGGUGGCGGGAGUGCCAAAUUCGACGACAUGGUAGCUAAGGGCGAGUAUGUAUGGAGAAUCGAGGGCUUUUCUUGGGUGCCAUGUGCGCUUAAGCAGAAGGUGGUUGCUUAUUGGGAUCCUCCUUAUGUCGACGCACGGGACGGACAGUUUGUGCAGUGGGGCGAGACGCGUGAUGUCGUCCACUGUCGUGACCGUUGUGCAUAUGGCCCCGAUGUGCAUUGGCCCGGUCAUCCUCCCUCUUCACUGGGCAUCUUCGGGCUGAGCCAUGAGGAGCUGCUGCAGUCAGAGUGGGUGCAGAACGACACUCUCACGGUGAAGUUCGAGAUCGAAGUUCGUCCUGCCAAGCGCGAGACAUGGCAGCCCUUGAGCCUUGCUGCAGAGAUUCCUGAGCCGACCAUGCUCGAUGACACGCAGGCGCUCUUGGAGGAGGGCACGUGCAGCGAUGUUCAAAUCGUGGCGCAGGGCGAGGUGAUCCAGGCACACUCGCAGGUUCUCUGUGCGCGAUCCGAGGUGUUCAGGAAGCAGCUGACGGCAGGCAUGCAGGAGAGUGUCUCGAAAGUCAUCGUGAUCGAGGAUUGCGAUGUCGCCGCCUUCAAGGCCUUCUUGCGGUUUCUCUACACCGACCGCUUUCCAGAGGUCAAGGAUUUCGUUGCGGCGGCGAGCUCAAGCAACGACGAGGCGAAGCUUUCCGAACAAGUCGACAUCGCACAGGUCUGUGGCAUCCUUUGCCAAGCGCAUCUCUUGCAGGCGAAGCAGCUGGAGAAGGCGUGUCUCUCUUUCAUCAGAGAUCAUGCAACUCAGGUGCUCACCCUGCCAACCUACGCUGAUAUGGUGAAGAAGUGGCCCCAGAUCGGCCUGAAGGUUAGCCUCUUCUUGGCCGGCAAGUCCGACACAGAGUUAUCGGCGGCGAUGGCCGGCUUGGACAAGCCACGAGGGCAGGAAUCGGAGCAGGAGCAGGCGAACUCCGAAGGUGCUUUGCGGCUGCUGUCACGUUGGGAAGAAGCUGAGGCGCUGCGUGCGGCGAUCGAGGACGAACGGCGCAGGGCGGAAGCCGAGGAGGCGAGGCUUCCAGAGCUCGUUGCCGAGACCGAGCAGGCCAAAGAGCAGCAGAGGCUGCGGGAGGAGCUGCGCGCCAUGAUAGGCAGGCGAGAGGAUGCAGAGCAGCGCAAUGCCGAGGAAAUCGAGUUUCGAGAGGCCAUUGCCAGUGACGCUUUGGUCAGACGUGUUUUUCUUCCAAGAAAGCAAGGCGCGAAGCAAGCAAGUGGUGGGGAAAGCACCAAUUUUCGCAACAGAGUCUCAACGGUCGAGCAUGUGUGGAGAAUCGAAGGCUUUUCCUGGGUGCCAGAUGCCCUCGAGCAGCACGACUGGCCUUUUGACUUUACGCACUCGAGCUUUGACCUUGGAAACCGGACAUUCCAAGUUCGCUACAGCCCAUGGGCAGGCUACCUUUGUGAUCGACGUAAAGGGUCUCUCGCCUUAGCUCUGCAUAGGGAUGAGGAAUGCAUCGCACUUCGGUAUCGCAUCUAUGUCAAGGCCCGGAGCGGUGCAUUUGUGCAAUGGGGCGAGAUGCAGCACGUCAUCCACGAUGGGCGCAGAGGCAGAUGGUCUGCAUAUGGCCCCGAUGUGCAUUGGCCAGAUGAUCCUCCUGCGUCACUGGGUAUCUUCGGGCUGAGCCAUGAAGAGCUGCUGCAGUCCGAGUGGAUACAGGACGACACCCUGACGGUUAAGUUCGAGCUGGAAGUUCGUCCUGACAGAUACGCAACACGGCAGGGCUUGAGCCUUGCUGCAGAGAUUCCUGAGCCGACCAUCAUUGAAGACACACGGGCACUCUUGGAGGAGGGCACGUGCAGCGAUGUUCGAUUCAUGGUGCAGGACGAGGUGAUCCCAGCGCACUCGCAGGUCCUCUGUGCGCGAUCCGAGGUGUUCAGGAAGCAGCUGACUGGGGGCAUGCAGGAGAGUGUCUCGAAAGUCAUCGUGAUCGAGGAUUGCGAUGUCGCCACCUUCAGGGACUUCUUGCGGUUCCUCUACACGGACCGCUUUCCAGAGGUCAAGGAUUUCGGUGCGGCGGCGACCUCAAGCAACGACGAGGCAGAGCACGACAGCCCCAAGGUGUCGCCGGUUCAGUCACUGUUGAGGGUAAGCAACAAGUACCAGGUCACGCGGCUUCAGCUGUGGUGUGAGGCCAAGCUUUCCGAACAGGUCGACACCGCACAGGUCUGUGGCAUCCUCUGUCAAGCGCAUCUCUUGCAGGCGGAGCAGCUGGAGAAGGCGUGUCUCUCAUUUAUCAAAGACCACGCAACCCAGGUGCUCACCCUGCCGGCCUACGCUGAUAUGGUGAAGAAGUGGCCUCAGAUCGGCCUAAAGGUUAGCCUCCUCUUGGCCGGCAAGUCCGACACAGAGUUAUCGGCGGCGAUGGCCGGCUUGGACAAGCCACGAGGGCAGGAAUCGGAGCAGGCGCCGACCGAGCUCUUUCACAGCCCUGGGCCCUGGGCCUUUCCCGCCAGGUCCGACUCCAGCUUGAAGGGCCCAGGGGAGCUGCGUGCGGCGAUCGAGGAGGAAAGGCGGUGGGCGGAAGCGGAGGAGGCCAGGCUUCCAGAGCUCCUUGCCAAGACCGAGCAGGCCAAAGAGCGGCAGAGGCUGCGGGAGGAGCUGAAGGACAUGAUACUAAGGCGAAGGGAUGCAGAGGUUCGCAAUUCCGAGGAAACCGAGUUUCGAGAGGGCAUUGACGAUGAUGAGAUUUGGGCCAACCCACCACUUGCAGAUCCAGCCAGAAGGCCAUGUGUGAUGCAGGCACGUGAUAGGGAAACUGUCAAUUUUCGCGACAAGAUCUGUACAGGCGAGCAUCUGUGGAGAAUCGAAGGCUUUUCAUGGGUGCCAUGCACGCUCGAGCAGUGUAGAGCCGCUUAUGGCUCUGGUGCUCACUUUGUGCACUCACGCUUUGAACUUGGAAGGCAGACAUUCUUAUUUUGCUACAGCCCAUGGGCAGACAUGCUGUGUUAUCAGCAUCAUGGAUCUCUGGCCAUAGUGCUGCACACUGAGGAUUGCAUCGCGCUUCGGUAUCGCAUCUAUGUCAAGGCCCAGAGCGGGGAAUUUGUGCAAUGGGGCCAGACGCGUGAUGUUGUCCAUGACGGCGAGAGUGGCAGGACCUGUGCUUACGGUCCCGAUGUGCAUUGGCCAGGUGAACCUCCCACUUCUCUGGGCAUCUUCGGGCUGAGCCAUGAGGAGCUGCUGCAGUCCGAGUGGGUACAGAACGACACUCUCACGGUGAAGUUCGAGCUGGAAGUCCGGCCUCCGAGCUUUGAAAGAAGGCAGCGCGUGAGCACUUCUGUCGACAUUCCUGAGCCGAGCAUCCACCAAGAUACGCAGGCGCUCUUGGAGGAGGGCACGUGCAGCGACGUAAGGUUCAUGGUGCAGGACGAGGUGCUCCGGGCUCACUCGCAGGUUCUCUGUGCGCGGUCCGAGGUGUUCAGGAAGCAGUUGACUGGAGGCAUGCAGGAGAGUGUCUCGAACGUGAUCAAGAUAGAGGAUUGUGAUGUCGCCACCUUCAAGGCCUUCUUGCAGUUCCUCUACACUGACCGGUUGCCAGAUGUCCAGGACUUCAUUCCAGCCACAACCUCAAGCAGCAGGCAGACAGAAAGCAGUAGCCCCAAGCUGUCACUGGUUCAGGCGCUCCUGGCCGUAAGUCACAAGUACCAGGUCACACGGCUUCAGCUGUGGUGUGAGGCCAAGCUUUCCGAACAAGUCGACACCGCACAGGUUUGUGACAUCCUCUGCCAAGCGCAUCUCUUGCAGGCGAAGCAGCUGGAGAAGGCGUGUCUCUCUUUCAUCAGAGAUCAUGCAACUCAGGUGCACACUUUGCCGGCCUACGCUGACAUGGUGAAGAAGUGGCCCCAGAUUGGCCUGAAGGUCAGCCUCUUCUCGGCGGGCGUGUCCGACACCGAGUUGUCGGCAGCCAUGGCCGGCUUGGAAAAGCCACGAGGGCAGGAAUUGGAGCAGGAGGAGGCAGGCAGUGGCUCGCUGCCUUGA